CCCCCACCCCCAAGCUGUCUCACCAUAAAAACAAACCAGGCGGCCGAGGUUCUUCCUAUUUGGAGUGGCCGCCCCAGAGAGAUCAUCUUGCACCAGAGCUGGCCUUUGACUCUCAUUUCUGCUGAGGAAACAGCGAUUUCUGGGACAGAAUGCGGUCACUCGUCCUUCUGUUAGCCACAGUGCUGCCUGUGGCAAACGUGGUGGCCAUGGAGUCUUCGCUGGACCAAAUGCUGGACUCUCAGUGGGAGCUUUGGAAGAAAAUUCACCGGAAGGAUUAUAACGGCAAGAUGGAAGAAAUUCCCCGAAGGGUCAUAUGGGAGAAAAACCUGAAAUACAUCAACACCCAUAAUUUGGAAUUCUCCCUGGGAAGACACACGUUUGAACUGGCCAUGAACCACCUGGGGGAUAUGACCAGUGAGGAGGUCGUUCAGAAGAUGAUGGGGCUUAAAGUCCCUCCCUCUCGUACCCAAAACAACGAGACUCUUUACGUUCCUGAUUGGGAGAAAAGAGUUCCAGAUUCUAUCGAUUACCGGAAAAAGGGCUACGUAACCCCAGUCAAAAACCAGGGCCAGUGCGGGUCUUGCUGGGCGUUUAGUUCGGUGGGCGCCCUGGAGGGGCAGCUGAAGAAGAAGACGGGCAAAGUGCUUAAUCUCAGCCCCCAAAAUCUCGUGGACUGCGUCACCAGCAACAGCGGCUGCGGUGGGGGCUACAUGACCAACGCCUUUGAGUACGUGAAGGAUAACCGGGGAAUCGAUUCGGACGUCUCUUAUCCCUACAUCGGCCAGGAUGAAAGCUGCAUGUAUAAUCCCACUGGUAAGGCUGCCAAGUGCCGUGGCUUCAGAGAGAUCCCGGAGGGCAACGAGAGGGCUUUGAAAAGGGCCGUAGCCCGGAUCGGCCCUGUUUCGGUGGGCAUCGAUGCCAGCUUGUCUUCCUUCCAGUUCUACAGCCGAGGGGUGUAUUACGACGAAAACUGCAAUGCCGGUAACAUCAACCACGCUGUCCUGGCAGUGGGUUACGGGAGCCAAAAGGGCACCAAGCAUUGGAUCGUGAAAAACAGUUGGGGGGAAGAGUGGGGUGACAAAGGCUACGUCUACAUGGCCAGGAAUAUGGACAAUGCCUGUGGAAUUGCCAACUUAGCCAGCUUCCCAAAGAUGUGAGCGAUGGUGGCCAAACCUGAUGGCAGAUCCUGGUCCUUCCUUGGCCGAGGGCUGGAUUCCUGAGACAAUGAGAGGGACCAUCGAUACACAAAGGAUCCAUUUGGCUUCGUAAGCAGUGCUGAGAGAGUGUAUUAAAAAGAUCUAACCUUCCAGUUUUUUAAAAAUAAAUUGUUGCUGCCUUUUUUUUCUUUGCAAAAGCUAGAGAGCUGUCUUCCUAAGAGACCAUAACUUUCAAAUAGAAAAAUCCAGUUGGAAAACCUUGGUCUUGAAGUAUUUUCUUGGCUUCGGAAGUAAG